GGGCUGCAUAAGACUGAGUUAAAAUUAACUGCCUGGCAGUAUACAAGUAUGGAGCCUGCACAAGAGCCACAGGAGCUGGGACCUCAGACAGAAAUGAUUGCAGACACAAUUCUUGAGGUUGGAGAGAGACUCUUCCAGGUCAGCCGUAGGGUGCUUUCAGUACACAGUCGAUAUUUUGAAGCCAUGUUUUUUGGAGGAGCAAGAGAGAGCUCUGAACAGCACAUAGUGAUCAAAGGGAUCGAUGCAGUGCCAUUUCAGGCGCUACUUGAGUUCACUCGCACAGCCCAAGUGCUCAUAGGUCAAGAAAACGUGACCAGCUUACUGGAAACAGCUGAUUUUUUUCAGUUUGACAGGGUGAAACUGUUGUGUGAGAAAUUUCUGGAGAGAGAACUGCAUGUUUCAAACUGCCUGGGCUUGAUGACCUACUCACAGCAAUUUGCCUUUACAGAGUUAUAUGUGUCUGCUAUGAAUGUGGCUCUCACUCACUGGGGGGAUGUGAUAUGCCAGGAAGAAUUUAAGGCAUUACCCAAGGAAAUGCUGGUGCAGCUCCUGAAGAGUGAUGACCUCUUCAUUUCAAGAGAGGAUGUGGUUUUUGACAGUAUUAUGAUUUGGAUAAUGGACGACCCAGCAACAAGAGAGGAAGAAUUUCUAGAUUUGGUGGGCGAAGUCAGGGUCACUUUUCUGAGUUUGUCCUUCCUCGAUAUCUUGGUGAAACGCAGCAAGCAUGCUGGAGAGACAGAUAUCUUCUCCAGACUAAUAAAGAAGUUAGACAGCUGUCCCCCACCCAGCUGGCAAAAUCCGAAACUGUGUCCUUGUGCUGGCCGGAGCUAUGAUACCUUAUAUGUCCUGGGAGGAAAGCAUGACAAGGAACAGCAAGAAUUAUUUCUCUUUCAACCUAAAACAGGGACCUGGCAGGCUUGUUCUCCACUGCAGCGCAAGAACCUCACCCAGUACGCAGUGGCAGCAGUAGGGAGCUUCCUUUUUGUGACAGGAGGAUAUUUCCGGGAUGAAUUUGUGUGGUACAGUGUGGAUUGGGUGCUCAUCUACAACUGCUUGGACAAUUGCUGGCUGGAAGGGCCAGCCAUGAAGAAGUCCCGCAACAGCCACUGUGCAGUAGGAGUAGGGCUCUACUUGUAUGUCCUCGGAGGGAGCACAGAUGAAGGGAUAAUCCCAGCAGUGGAGCGCAUGGCUUUGAUGGAGUCAGAGUGGGAAAGCAUGAGUCCUAUGGCUCAGCCUGUGGAGAGAGGCGACGCGGCCAGUGUGGGAACCAGGAUCUAUGUGGUCUGUGGCCUGGAUGAGAAUGGACAUGUGUAUGAUGGAGUGCAAAGGCUGAACACAGAGACAGACAGCUGGGAUGUCAUCUCAUUCUCCCCUCUUCCAAGGUAUGACCUCUGCAUCACAUCCCUGAAUGGGGCUCUGUACACUGUAGGAGGGGAAGCUUUUCGAUUUGAUGUGGAGACAGAUGAAUGGACCCAGGUGAAUGAGGAAUGCUUGACCCAGAAGUUCUUCAUGGGAUGCAGCACCGUGAAUGGACAAAUUUAUCUCCUUGGACAGAGGAAGGGAAACAGCACCCUCCCCAUUGCAGUCCUCUUUGAUCCCUACACUGAUGUGUGCCGGGUCAUAGAUAACAAACUCCCUUGCCCACUUCCUAUUCAUGGCUGUGUCUCUGUGCGAAGAUUUGAUACGUGGGCAUAAGAGUGGAAGAUAGGUACUUUACAGCUGAAGGGAGUUAGAUUGCAUCAACUUUGGCCUGUGACAUUUAAAAAAAUUUAUUCCUUUGUAAUUUUACCUAUUUUUUUCUACUUGACAAAUGAACUUGAAGCAAAAGCCAGUGCAAACUUUGUCUACACAAAGGCUGCAGGUCAUUAUCGAAAAUGGUUAUUGGUAUUGUUACGGUAUAUAAACUCCUUAGGGUUGAUGCUUAGUAAAGGGCUGUUCUGACCUUUAACCUCUGUCUCUCUGUUCUUUGAACAACUGGAAAAUCACUGCCUCAUUGUUAGAAAAUAUCACAGGAUUUAAAUAAUCAAAUGGGUGUCAAGGGAAUC